CGAGAGAAAUGAAACCUCCAAGUUUUCAUGAGGUUAGAGUUCGAUUACUUAACAAAGAAGUGCAAAUCAUAAAUGAUCUUCUCGAGUCUCAUAAAGAAGAAUGGGAAAAUUAUGGAUGUACAUUGAUGUGUGAUGGAUGGACGGAUAGAAAAGGGAGAACCUUGAUUAAUUUCUUGGCUAAUAGUCCAAAGGGAAGUGUAUUUAUUAAAUCAGUUGAUGCAAGUGAUGAAUCAAAGACAGCGGCAUUGUUGGCUAGUUUGAUUGAGAAAGAAUUAAUAGAAAUUGGUCCCGAAAAAGUAGUUCAAGUUGUUACAGAUAAUGCAUCAAAUAAUGUUGCAGCAGGGAGAAUAUUGGAAGCAAAUUUUUCUCAUCUAUACUAGACUCCAUGUGCAGCCCAUUGUAUAGAUUUGAUGCUGGAGGAUAUCUUUAAGAU